CACACACACACUCUCUCUCCACUAGUCCUUUGAAAACUUCUCCUUCUUCUUCACGCCGCCUCUCUUUUCUCUUUCUGACCUCAACCAACACCGCUUUAUACAUGUAACUCCCUUUACAUUCCCAUUUGUUUGUUUUUGUUUUUUAUUAUUAUUUUUACUUUUGUAAGCGCUUUCGCAUAUACACACAUAUUCACACACUGACUGACACAUAAACUCAGUCAUGGCCUCGUCUUCUUCUCUCUAAUGCCGGCUCUUUCUUCACUGUUGAAGGAUUUUUUGUGUGGAUCUCCAUUGCCUGGUAGAGUUCGCGCUGUUUGGUAGAGAGGAUUUUGAACUUUUUUUUUUUUUCACAAUAUGGACCAAGGGAGAACUGAAUUAGAAUUUGAUGAGCUUGAGAAGCUUCUUGGUGAGAUUCCAAAUGCUACUUCUGGAAAACCACAUUCUGAUGGAUCUGGACCAAAGGGGGUGUCUUUGGGUGGAAACUUGUCUCCUAUUUGUCUGAAUUCCUGCAAAGGGCCUUCCAGUGAGAAACUUCAAAACAAUAGGAAUUUGGAUGAGGGAAAAAUCUCAUUGAAUAAAUUUGGGCAAUCACUGACUAAAAGGGUUCAGCCAGAGGAAAUGAAUUUGCCUGAUGACCAGUCCUUGUCGUCUGCAUUUGCAGGAUUGAGCUUCACCAAUGGCAUGCCAAUGGAAGCUGGAAAGUCUACAUCCUUACAAAAUCACAACAUUUUAUUGAAUGGUCAAUAUCUAAACAGCUUAAUGAAACCAAAUUCCAAUGUGGAUUCACAGGUGAUGGUUGUUCCCUCUUUCCAAUCACCACCAAAAACAGUACCCUGUGAUUUUGAUGAGUUUGGUGAGACAAAAGUUGGCCAGGAAAGUUCAAAUUUGUUGAAGCAGCAAGUAGGCUAUUGUCAGCCAACUGAAAAUUUCUCCACUGCUGUUCCAUUUGCUCAUGCGGUGCCAAGCUUACAGUACCUCUCUAAUGUGCCGGUCCAUGGUGUACAGUUUCCUGUUAUGCCAGAUCGGCAGCAAUUCUUCCUGGAUGCACAGUCUCCAGUGCAUUAUUUACAUUCACAACAAUUAAACCAGCCACAAAUUAGUUGGAGGAAUGUGGAAGAGGAACAGUAUUAUAGGAUGCAUCAGCAAUACCUGUACCUGCAGCAGCUUCAAAGUCAGAGGUUUGAAGCUCAGCAUCCUAUUCAAGCACAUGGGAAUGUCUCAACUAGACUGAUGAGUGAGAACCCAAGGCAGCCAUACUUUGAGGUGCCAAUCUCUCACCAGCUUGGAAACUCUAGACAAGAGUCAUUUUGGAACAACUAUACAAACCAUAGGGGUUCAAACCAUUUGAAUCCUUCCCUUUCAUUCACAGAUUUUAAUGCAAUUCAACUUUUGGACAAAGUUACAAAGGAAAAGUUUAAGUUUCCUGACAAAAUUAUGACAAGAUCAUAUGAAAUGAACACACCCAGAGCUGUGAAGCUCAGCUCCAUUGGCAGAAAUGAAUCACCAACCCAUGUCAGCCAAAAUGGGAAAUUUCUCUCAAAUCAUCAUCUUUGGCGUAGCUUAUCUACUCCAACUGCUGGAUGUUUUCAGUUAGAUGGUUUGAGCUCGUGGGAUUUGUCCCCUGAAACUACAGAUUUCAAGGGUACUGAUCUGAAGCCACUGACUCAGAAAUAUAACUCUGUUGAUGAAGUCACUGGAAGAAUAUAUCUCUUGGCCAAGGACCAACAUGGUUGCCGCUUCUUACAGAGAAAAUUUGUGGAUGGCAACACAAAAGAUAUUGAAAAGAUUUUUCUUGAGAUCAUUGAUUACAUUGUUGAGCUCAUGACAGAUCCUUUUGGGAAUUACCUAGUACAGAAGUUGCUUGAAGUUUGUGAUGAGGAUCAGAGGAUGCAAAUACUUCAUGCAAUCACUAGAAAUUCUGGUGAACUUGUUAGGAUAUCAUGUGAUAUGCACGGGACUAGGGCUGUUCAGAAGGUCAUUGAAACCCUUAAGACUCCAGAGCAGUUCUCCAUGGUUGUUUCCUCACUGAAGCCUGGCAUUGUGACUUUAAUGAAAAACAUGAAUGGCAACCAUGUUGCUCAGCGCUGCUUGCAACAUUUAAUGCCUCAAUACAGAGAGUUCUUUUUUGAAGCUGCAACCACUAAUUGUGUUAAUCUUGCAACGGAUCGCCAUGGCUGUUGUGUACUUCAAAAAUGCCUCAGCCAUUCUACCGGCGAUCAAAGAUGCUGUUUAGUCCAUAAGAUUACUUCAAAUGCUCUAAUCCUUUGUCAAGAUCAAUUUGGGAAUUAUGUUGUGCAAUUUGUCUUUGAGCUUCAGCUUCCAUGGGCAACAGAAGAUAUUCUUGACCAGUUGGAGGGUCACUUUGGGGACUUGUCCAUGCAGAAAUGUAGCAGUAAUGUGGUUGAGAAAUGUCUGAAGUAUGCAGGUGAAGAACACCGCACUCGCAUUAUCCAAGAGUUGAUUGAUAAUCCUCGGUUAGAUCAAAUAAUGCAAGACCCUUAUGGCAAUUAUGUUAUCCAAGCAGCAUUAAAUCAGUCAAAGGGAGCUCUUCAUAUUGCAUUAGUGGCUGCUAUAAGACCCCAUGUUCCUGCGCUUCGGACAAGCCCAUAUGGGAAGAAAGUUCUCUCUUGCAGUAGUUUGAAAAAAUAAUUUUUGGUUUAAUUGUUCAAGAAAAUCCUGUAUAUUCUGUAAUAAGCAAGUGAAGAAAAGCUUUGAGCUGGGCUUUAUGACUUGUGAAUUUCAGAAUCAGAAGCUUAGUCCUGAAAGAAAUAGGUCAUUGAUGCCUUCAACAGCUCAUCUGAACAGAUGAAAGGUGAAUUUUUGGUUGUUUUAUUGUCCUUUUGGACAAGGUGGGAUCAUAUUUGUAUGUAGGCGUUUUUUUUCUUUGCAUUGGGUAGAAAUAAAAAAAAAGGGGUGACGAUCUAGAGUUCUUUGAGUUUAUGGGAAUUUUUCUAUGGAUGGAUUUUUUGACUAGAGCUCAAGGCUUGGCGGGUGGUUGCAGAAUGGAAGAGCCUUUUUUCCCAAUGUCUGGGUUUUCUGCUAGGCAUUUAUCAUCUUGUGUAAAUCCUUUGCCUGUAGAUUGCCACGAUUAGCCCUUGUUCAUGUUAUCGUAUAUUGUAUUAAUACUUGUUCUGAUCUUUAUAUUCUUUUAGUGAUGCCUUGA